AUGACUUUGAGUGAUGUAAUUCAAUUUGAAGGCAUUACAGAAAAACUUGGAAAAAAAGCAAUAGCACAAAAAAAAAAGAAAUCAGUUGUCAUCCCUGAUUCAUGUCCAGGAAAAGACAACAACAUGAGUUGUCAUGCAGGAUACAGAACAAGAGCAAUCGUCUUUCAGAAAAAAAACACCUUUGAUAAUAAGACACAAGAAAAAGCCAAAAACACUUCUUCAGUUUGCAGCGUCUCCAAAAAUGAUAGAGAUGUUGAUUUCACAACUAAAAACUUCUUGCAUGAAGUUGCUUCAAGAAAGAGGAAGGUUAAAACUUUUAAAAAUAAAAAUCAGGGUAAUGCUCAUGGAAACCAGCAAAGUAAUGGUAUACCUGAGAAGUCAGCAGAAUUCAAAGCAACCAAAGAAGAUUGUGUAAUCAAUUCACAAGACAGUCUUGUUAAUGAGGAUACUUGCAAAGAAAUUUAUUCGAUGGAACUGGAUAGGAUAUCUUCCUCAAAAAAAUACACAAAGAAUGAAUGCUCGCCAAAGGACUCUGAUAGCAAAACUUCAGAAGAGCCACAAGGUAAAGAGAAUUAUCAUCAAUCUUCUACAUCCGAUAUACACAACACUAAAACAAAGAAAAUGGAAAAUUCGGAAGCUACAAAGGAAAUUCAACAAAUCUGCAUGAAAAAAAAUUUGAAAUCCAAAAGAGGAAAAGAUUUUGAAAAGAGGAAAAUUUUUCCUGACCAGGAGAUCAUUAACAAAAAUGAAGUGGAUGUGAUUCAGAGUUCAUGUGACUUUGAAAAGUUUGAAAAUGAACAAAAAAGCAGCCCAAUUGCAAGUGUUACUGGAUCUGUUAGCAAGGAGUUGAGCUGUACAAUGAACAAAAUUACAACUGGAUGUAAAAAAGACAUGAAAAAAAGAUCCAAAAAUGAAAUAAGAAAUAAUGCAACAAAUGAAAUGACAUCAAAUGAGUCUAACUUAGAUAAUGUAAAUGGUGAUGAAGUGAUUGAAAAUAUGAAUGCCAGUGUAAUAUUUGGAAAGAAAAGUAGGAAAUGUAAAUCCGGCAAUCUUAAAAAAACACCUGACAUCAACAAAAACAUUGAGCAAACAAUGCCCAUAUCAACCUCUUCUGAUAUUCCUGAUCCCAAUGAAAACUUGAUGGCUUUUACUGCGGAUGGUAUAGUUGCAAAUUCUGAAGGGGAUAAGGAUGCUGAGCAGAAUGAACGAUCAAAACGAAAAAACCAAAUGGAAUUGCAAACCAAGAAAAAUUAUUCAAAAAAUGCUGAUUUAGAUGUUUAUGAUUUCAAUGAAGUGGAUCAGAUGAGAAGUUCUUUUGCUCCAAAAACACAAUCAAGUAAUUGUAAGACUGAUAAAUUUGUCAAAUGUAGGAUUGAUGUUCAAAGUGAAAUUGAAAAGGGCAUAACACUUCCAUGUAUAAGUGAUGGAGUCAGUGUUCUGCAAAUGAAACCAUUGGAAUUAGAAUCAGAGAAAGAAAAAAACAGAAAGUCAAGUGCAUCUAAGAGUGAAGAAUCAAAAUCCAAAUUUGAUAGUGAUGAUGAGGUUGUCAUAAAUAAAACAAUGUUACAAUCAAGAAAUAAAAGAUUGCAAAAGCAGAGUAAAGAAGAAGCUGACAUCACUUCGUCAGUUCAGAGUAGUAGACAAACAAGGUCAAAAAGACAACGAAGAAAAACUGUGUCAAAAAGCUGUACCAAGAAACCUAAUACUGAUCCAAAUGUUGUUGAGGAAAUAGAUGUAAUACAAAGCUCAUUUGGCCCUGAAAAAGAUGGAGUUGUGGAUCGAAUAAAAUCCAGAAAUGAAGACAAAUUACCUUCAAUGAAACCACUAACAAGGGGAAAACAAAAUGAGAAGAAACAAAUACUGGUGUCGACACCAUUAGAUAAUGUUGAGGAAGAUGUGGAGAAUUUUGAUGAAGAAAAUGAAAUUCUUUCUUUCAUAGGUUGUAGUGAUAGAGAUGGAGAUAAAGGUUGCAUGGAACAUUUGGAAAAAAAUCACUUAACAGAAGACCUGAAUCCUUUUAGUGAAAAAAACAUGUAUACAGUGAAUCAUGCAGAGAAAAAGGACAAUUCUGACAAUGACAGACAGAUUAAACCUUUAACAGAACAAACCGGAAAACACUUUCCAAACAACAGGAAAUCAAAAUCUGGCAGACCAAAGCAAAAAGUUACACAGAAAAAAGAAUCUUGUAAAUUAUCAAAACUGGAACACCGAAUACUCAAAAACACUGUAAAUGAUAAGAAAAGGAAAUUUAAUGAAUAUGAUAGUGAUGUUCAUAGUGAGUCUGAAGAUAAAAUGCAAAGUGAAAAUGGUUUAGUUCUCAAAAAGGGUUUUAAAUCAAGAGAAAUGAAGAAGAUCAAAUCAAUGAAAUCAAAGAUGAUGGAUUUUGAUACAAAAGAUAAAAAUGGCAAUGCAAACAUGCAGAAAUGGAAAACAAGGCAAAACAAAGGGAGAAGCAUAUCUGAGGAAAUCAAAGUUGGCUCAUUUGAGAAACAUACUGGGAAAAGAAAGUCAAAUAGACAGAGGAAAAAUGUUGAGAAAUGUGACUUAAGAGAAUCUGACCCAGAGUCUGAGGAUGUCAGUGACAGUGGGGUAAUACAUAGCUCCCUUUAUCCUGAGGGGGAUGAAGUUUUGAAGAGUCAAAAAUUGACUAGAAAUGAAAACAAAGAUGAUUUGAAAGAGCCCUUACUUGUAGAGCUAGUGAAAAGAAAAAGAAACUAUAUGCAAGAACUAACAUCCAACCCUGUGGAAGAUAUAAGUAGCGGUGAGGAGGGUUUUGUUAGAGGAAAAAAUAAAGAAAAUCUUUCCCCUCUGAGGUGCAACAUGGAACAUAACAGCACAAAGGACAAGGAACUUUUUACUCAAAAGAACCAGGAUCAAGGAUUUGAUGCAGCAGAAGGACAUGGCAGUCUCAAGAAUAGACAAAACCAGCUAAUGGAAUGGGAUGGGAAAGAGGACUGUUCACAGUCAGAUGAGAAUUCACUUCCAUUGUUCAAUACCAAUCUAUCACAAGAAAAUGCAAUAAAAUCUCUAAGCCAGAAGAAAUUUUUCAAAGAUAGAUUGAGACCUUCAACAUAUCAGAAGCAUGACUUGCAGAGUACUUGUAUGUCUGCUGCUGGUGUUCAAACGAAAAAGUCUUGUGAAGUAGAAUAUGGAAAGGGUAAAAAUCUGGUAUAUUUAGCCAUGUCAUAUUCUUCAACAGAGAGAAGAGAAGAUGUUUAUGGAGAUCCAUAUGAUUUUGAUGAAGAAUGUGCAAGAUCUUCCACAAAAUCUGAAAAAUUCUGCAGACAUGAAGGCAAUUCAAAUGCUAAACAAGGAAAAAUUCAAACACCCCAAAACUUUGAUGUCUCAUUAAAAAAGAGAAACUCAGCUUGUAAGGAAGUCAUUGUUCAGUCAUCGAAAGAGAAUCUUGAUUCUGUUUCUGAAUUGGUUGAUGAUAACAAUUUCGCUUUAAGCCCAAAGGAAAGUUUAGUCCAAAAUACAAAAGAAACCCUUCCAAAAUAUUCACGAAAAAUUGUGAAUGUGGUGAACAAUGAUGAUGUCUCUGUCUAUUCAAAGAGUCCAUCUUCAGGAUGUCUUUUAAAAAAUAGAUCUACAUCUAAAACACAUAAACAGCAAAAGGAACAUCAAAAAAAAGAAAUGCCUACAAAAAAUGUUAAUCGAAUAAUGGCCAGAUUUUUAGGAAGGAAAAGAAAUAAAAGCACUUGUCAAGAUUUAAAUGAAAAUGAAGAGUAUGAUCAUCAUGAUGGGCUUUGUCUUUCUAAAGGUGAUUCUUCUAGUCCAGUAAAAAUACCACAUUGUGAAAUCACCUUGGAUGAAGUCAUUGGUAUUUCAAGACUUAACGGAAAUACUGAUAAACUCCCAUGCUUCAAACAUCAUGCACAUCGAGGCAAUCAACCAAAACCAGCAAAAUUGGAAAGGCAUGAAGUUAAAGAUUGUGUUUUGCAGUCAACAUCCAAAUCUAUGACAAAACCAAAAUUCAAAGUAACAAAGAGGUAUUCUGAUCAGGUGCCUAGGAAAAUGAGAAAGGCUUCCUUUUCUGAAGAAAUUGAAAUUCUUGACUCAGAAAUCUCUGAUGAUCAGUUAUGCAGUUCAGGUGAUGAUAAUUUGAAUGAGGAGCUGCCACCUGUAAACAACAUUAUUACAAGGUUUAACCAGUUUUGCAAGAACAUAGUAGGAGGGCCAGAAGAUGUUGUGCAACUAGAGAAGUCAAGAAAAGUAACAAGCAGAGCUUUUGAUCAUGCAAGCAGGAGAAAACAGAAUAAAGCAUGCAGAAAAAGUGACCCUGGACUUAGGAGGAGUAACAAUCUAUGGAUGCCAAAAUUUGAUCCUGAAGAUCAAGUGGAGAUAUGUAACAUCAAAAUGCCAAUGACACUACCUUGCAGUGAUGCUGAAAGUAGCCAGGAGGAGACUAUACAUUCAGAGGAUUUACAGGUUCAGCCUCAGCAGGAAGCAAAGACAGAAUGUAACAAGAGCCGAAGUAACAAGUUGUUACAACAAACAAGGGAUACUGACCUCUCAGGACUCGUAUCAGGAUACUCCACAGAAUUAAGACCUUCCAGAUCAUCAAUGAAGAGGAAAUAUGACAGCAUACUUCAGUGUGGUGAUGAAAGUGAUCUGUGCAGAAACCAUCUAAAUGCUAGUUAUACUGUGGAAAUGUCUCAUCUCAGACCUAGAAGACUAUUCAGUUCUGAUUUUAAAGCUGUUGUAGAAAUCACUGACAGUAGUGACAAUGAAGAUGAAGAAGACUUGUGUACUACCUCAGAACAUAACACAAACUCAGAUGAGAUGUUGGGUAAUUCAGUGAAUCACCUCGAAGGUGUUGGUAUAGAUGCUGGUGUUUCCACGAUUGUCAAAGCUUUUGGGAUGGAUUUCCAGAAGCAAAUACAGACAAAGCAGCAUUGUGUAGAUGUGUUGACAAAAACAACUCUGAAGUCUAGUCAGAGGCAUUUGAGAAACAUGUUAACAGACAGGACAGAAAGAAGGAAUAACAUAAUUGAGAAGUUUGGGAAAAAAUUGCUGGCAGAGCUGAUUGCACUUCAAAAUGAUAUUAAAACCCUUGAAGAUAAUGAAGCAAAGACAUUGGCUGAUUUUGUGGCAAGCAUGUGUUGCAUGGACCAAUAUGAAUUAAAUUUUCAGGAAACAUUUAAAAAUGCCAUGAAGAAAGAUUUGACAUCAAUGCAAAGGAAAUUGCUUUUAGAUGCGCAAAAACAUGAAUUGACAGCUGUAAGGAGAAGCCUUCAUACAAUGAUCAGAUAA